AUGAGGUCCUCCCUGACACCUUUGGGGCCCUCUGUGAGCCGGGACCGCGUCAUCAGCAGCUUCCCUAAGUGGUACACGCCCGCUGCCUGCCUGCAGCUCCGGGAGCACUUCCACGGGCAGGUCAGCGCCGCCUGCCAGCGCGGGAACACGGGGACCGUAGGGCUCAGACUCUCCAAGGUGGUGGUGGUCGGCGAUCUCUACGUGGGCAAGACCAGCCUCAUCCACAGGUUCUGCAAGAAUGUCUUCGACCAUGACUACAAGGCCACCAUCGGGGUGGACUUCGAGAUCGAGCGCUUUGAGGUCGCUGGAACCCCCUUCAGCCUUCAGAUCUGGGACACAGCAGGGCAGGAGAAGUUCAAGUGCAUCGCAUCUGCCUACUACCGGGGUGCCCAGGUGAUCAUCACGGCCUUUGACCUCACCGACGUGCAGACCCUGGAGCACAGCAGGCAAUGGCUGGAGGACGCGCUGAGGGAGAACGAGCCGGGCGCCUGCUUCCUGUUCCUUGUGGGGACCAAGAAGGACCUGCUGUCAGGGGCCGCGUGCGAGCAGGCGGAGGCGGAGGCCGUGCGCCUGGCCAACGAGAUGCAGGCUGAGUACUGGUCCGUGUCGGCCAAGACCGGGGAGAACGUGAAGGCGUUUUUCAGCCGCGUGGCAGCCCUGGCCUUCGAGCGCUCGGUACUGAAGGACUUGGAGCUGAGGAGCAGCGCCCCGCUGCAGGUCGGCGGCGGGGACCUCAUCCGGAUGGAGGGAUGUCCACCCGAGACCCCGAACAACAGGAGGUCCUCCAGCCUGAGUUGCUGUUAG